CUUUUUUCUUUCUAAUAUAUUUUGUAUAUUUUAAUGGAAAUAAUGCCGAAAUGUGUCUAUUUGACACAGCACUCAAAAACCGUUGACACCAUGAAAUUCUACGUACUUUUUUAUACAAUUAUCAGUGUUUAAGGCUUAGUAAAUAUCUUUCAUUGCCGAAUAAUUUAAGGAGCGCCUUUUUAUACUAAUUUUGACCAAUCUUUCGGGAAAUUAAUGAGGCCAUUUUUGUGUUUAAUUUAUUUCAUAAAUUUUAUAUUACUUCACCUAUCGGUACUGUAGACAGAUUUUGUUAAGUCUCAAAUUAAAAAUCUGUAUUCACUAAAGAAUAUGUUCAAACAUGAUAAUUAAAGCUGUGAAGUUAUAUUUAAAUCAAAACAAGAAACAUGAACUGCAAGAGAGGGCAAUACUAAUGUUAUCAAACGAAAGGCAGGAAAUGUUUAUUUCAUUUUUUAUUUACUAUUGUUAGCAAGUUAAGCAAUGUUAAACUGUAACUUAAAAGAUAACAUGAACAUAAGUGGGGUAACCAUGGAAAGGAAUGGAUAUUUUUAGACAUAAAAAUGUAAUUAACUGAAAGAAAGUGAUAUUAUUUACAAUUAAAUUUUACAAUGGUGGAGGUUAAGUGGAAGGUACUCUUCCCCAACAAAGUCAGUGUUUUGGUUUUCAUAUUUUAUAUAGUGCUUUUUGUGAAUCAAGGUAUCCUGGUAACAGCUUCCCAAAGUUUGGAUAAUAAUUAUAAUUAUGAUAUUGCUGCAGUAGUUCUCUUAACGGAAGCUCUCAAAUUAUGGAUUUGUACACUGCUAUAUUGCAAAGACAACUCUAUUUCAAAUCUUUUUCAUGCUGUACUUAAAAGUAGGAAAGUUAUGGGACUGUAUUUUAUUCCAGCAUUCUUAUAUUGCUUGUACAAUAAUUUAUCAUUCAUAGAUUUAGCUGUGUUUGAUCCAACUACCUAUUAUUUGAUGCUUCAAUUACGAGUUGUUGUUACUGCGGUAUUAUUCCAGCUUAUAUUUAGAAAAAAGCUUACAACAUUACAAUGGAUAUCGUUGCUUUUAUUAACAUGUGGAUGCAUGCUAAAGCAAGUGAAUCUCUUCAACUGGGAGACCGGAAGCAGAAAUGAACAUAAAAAAUCAUUUCACUUAAAUUUUGACCUGUACACAAUUUACAUUCUAGUCCAGGUUUUUUGUUCUUGUUUAGCUGGCGUUUAUAAUGAGUAUUUGCUUAAAGAACCUGGAGCUACAGUUGAUAUUUACAUACAAAAUAUCUUUAUGUAUUUGAACUCAAUUGUUUGUAAUAGUCUUUUAUUACUUAUCGAAGGUAAUAUAUUGAAUGUAUUUACGUGGGAGAGUUUGAAAAUAAUCUUCGAAUACAAGGUGGUUCUAGUAAUGGUUAAUAACGCUGCAAUAGGAAUAAUUACAAGCUUUUUUCUGAAGAAUUUAAACUCAAUUUUAAAGACCUUUGCAAGUGCAUUGGAACUUAUUUUAACGGCUGUGUUUUGUUACAUUUUAUUUGGCAUUCCAAUUUAUGUAAAUACUGUUUUGUCCAUCUUAGUUGUAAUGGUAGCAAUUGUAUUGUACUCUCAAAAUCCAGUACUGAAUGUUGCAAGAAAAAAUGACAAAGAAGAUGAACUACUUAUGGAAAAAGUUUAGCGAUGAUAAGGUGUAUUUAUUGUAAAUAUAUUUAUUAUAUAUAUUUAAUAUUUUAUAAAUUAGUUCAACAUUCUACAAUCUAUAAUAUUCCUGUGCAAUUUAAUGCUUAUGUUCACUGUCAGUGUCAACCUGCUCUCAUUAUAAUGAACAAGUCCAAAUUAAAUAGUAAUGUUAAGAUUGUAACAGUAUAGUAUAAUAGGAGUUUUACACUUUUUUAGUUUUAUUAGAGGAAACUUAUGAGACCAUACCUCUUUUUACCUUUGGUUACUAAAAAAGUUCGUAUAAACAGGGAAAGAAUGGAAAAUAUAUUCUUGCUCGAUAGUGUGAUUUAAUUAUGCUAGAAGUCACUGUAUAUCUCAAUAAACUAAACCUUCGUCUAUAGAAACGAAAGUUCAAUUAUCUUAAUUGCUAUUUCCCCGUUGUUUUUGGACAAUUGUUGUAAAUAUUCGGUACUUCCCCAGUUGCAUUAUCUGGAACAAUACGUGAACAAAUCUAUAAUAUGAACAACUGUUAUAUUUUUUCGAUUCACACUUUCGCGUGCCUACUGUAAAUAUAUUUAAUUAUUAUUUUGCGUU